AUGGAUCGCGUUAAUACAUUAUUGUUGGAGAAAAUUUUGAAAAACUUAUCAAAAUUUAGUGGUACUACACAACAACGUGUCAAUGAUUGGCUAUUGACAAUUAAUCAAGUAUUUGAUGCAUGUGAAUUACCCGAACAGCAACGUCGUAAAUGGGCCAUUGGAUUCCUUUCUGAUGAAGCGUUAAAGUGGUACAACAGACAACUAAUCAAAUUUGAGACAUAG